AUGAAUGGGCCAGAAACUGCAGAUGGCACCCUUAUCAUCAUGGUGUGCCGGGCCAAACACUUACCUAACCGCAGGAAGCUAGAUAAACAGAGUCCGUAUGUGCUUUUGAGAAUCGGUACUGAGGCCAAAAGAACCACUGCUGCGUUCAGAGCAGGACAGACGCCUGAGUGGACACAGGAGAUUCGAUUUCUGUUGUCGAGAGAUCGAAGACCGCUUUUGAAGCUCGAUGUGCUUGACGAGACAAAAAAUGAUCCUACGCCUGUUGGAGAUAUCGAGAUCGACUGUGCCGCUGUUUUCCAGGACCCAGCCCACUACAACGACGGAAAAUACAUUCUAGACGGGUGGCACGACUUGAAGUUUAACGGAAGAAGCGCUGGCAAGAUCUACUUGGAGAUGACGUUUUAUCCUAGUGCUCCAAUUCUCCCUCCUAAAGUGCCCUCGCCCGCUUUUGACUAUGAGAGCAAAGAACUACCGGCGAUGCCUGAUGAGUUCUCGAGAUCAGAUCCCGUACAGAGGAAAACUGUGGAUGAAAUAUUCCAGGAGAAAGCUAACGCUUUCAGGUCGUCUGACCCGGGUCCCAAGGAAAAAGAAGAUGAAGAUGUGUUUGUCUCCGGCAGCCCAAAGAAAGAGGGCAAGCUACGCAAGUUGAGAGAAAAGUUCCAUUCGAAGGAACCACUAAGGAACCUCUUCCACUCCUCAGAACCUAAGCUGCUGAAAGUCGUGGAGGAGUAUUCAGCGAUUCCACCAUUGGAGAGCUUCGAGCAGCUAGAACUGGCGAUGGGCAUAGACGACGAUUCUCACGAGAGAUGCAAACAAAAUAAUGACGACUGGCGAACUCCCUCGAUGUUAUCAGGCUGUUGA